UUGCCAAACCUUGCCAUAGUUGCGUACUUGCAUCAGAAUAAGUUUCAAGUUGCAUUAGCAAUUUAGCAGCCUAAGGUUCGUCGUGUAUGCUGAUAAUGGUUUUAAUAUUCAUAUAUAAGAGAAUAAUCCAGUAAUCGGUGGGAUUUUCAGAAAUUCCUUAGCUUUUGAUCACUUUAGUCAAGUUAAGUUUAGUUGGAAACAUUAAUCUAGAUUUUGUAUUUUGUGUCUAAUCACAGUGAUAAUCACUACUUAAUGCAAUCUGUCAUGCACAUCAGUUGAGAUUUUACUAAUAUAAGUAGUAGCUUGAAGCUUGUCAGAUUUCUAACCCCACAAUAUCCUAAGCUGGGAACUGGUACUGUAAUUGCCUGUACUUGGUUCAGAUAAGGUAUGAUAAUGGAUGAAGAGAUGGAGCAAUGCUUUGGGAGCUUAUCUCCAUUCUGUUCUCAUAGUUUGCAGGGUGGAAACAGAGUCAGAGACAGUAUGGCACAUUGUUCAAUCAAAUCACUCGACUCAGUCACUCACUCACAGAUAUCAACGGGAAGUUCCCAUCAACCAUUGUUCACCAACAUUGCAUACCGAAACUUAUUUAUGGGUAUUUGUUGCUUUAAUGUGCCUGUAAUGCUACAUCCUAAUCCUCUUUUCACACAUAUAUUUUGACUAUCUAUUUAUAGCAUCCCUGAUCUGAACCAAGUUCUCUUGUUGAGCAAAGAUUUCCCGACUUAUAUAUGCCAAAUCGACGAAACAGUAAAAUACUGAUCUUCGCAAUCCAGUAGUUCAGUAUAUCAAUGUCUGAAUCCUACAUUACCAGCUACAGACCACUGAGCAAUGGAUGGUGCAAUCGUUAAGCUCGUUUCCCAAGAUUACUUUCAGGCGGCUCAUGCCCAAAAGUAAAUAAUAAAAAGUUAAAAAGAACAAUAAUAGAAGAAAAUAAAGUCUUGUUUUCAGGUAUCCAUUUAAAACUUUUUGGAAAUAUUAGCAAAAUAUGAGAAAAUAUUUUUGAAAACAAAUUCGAACUAUUAACUGAUCGAGGUCUGUCUGUGAGACAUCAAUUUAUAAUGUUGGGUUUUAUUUUUCUAUUAUUCCUUAAUAAAAUGUAGUUAUCUGGUGAUACCCAAAAGGUCAUCAGUUCUUAAUUGCAAAUCCCACAAAUCGCCCAAAUGAACGGCUCAGAUUGGAUUGAAGGUAAAGACACUGUGUUCCCCAACCCACCAACCUGAAGAAAGUUGACUCGGGUACAUUAUUUAAUUCUAUUAACUGACUCAUUAAUUUUUUCUACAGUGCUGAAUGUCUCAGGAAUUGAUACGUUUUUCCUUCUACAUAUAAAUGGUUCUCUGCCCCACUUGAUCUUUUUCCCCUUAAUAUGGUAGAGAUUGAAUGGGUGGGGCCUCCUCAGUCUAGGCAGCUGCUACUUCUGAUUAUCAGUGAUUAUAGAAGGUUGCAGGAUUUUCAGACCCCUAGAAAAGAGCUGUUAUUCUGGUCAAGUACUCUGAGAUUGAUUUGAGAGAGAGAGAGAGAGAGAGAUUGAUAGAGGUUGGCUUGUGUUGAUAGGAUACCAAACAGAAGGGGAAGAAAGAGAGAGGAAAAGGAGCAGAGAUGAAAGAGUUUCAAGUGAGUUGUCAAACGAGAGGGAAACGUGUCACCGUUUUUAACUAAUUGACAAGAAACCAAAUCACUUGCUUGUGAAGCAAAAUCUAUCCACCAAUGCAAAGAUAAUAAGGAGAAACCCAAGAAAGAGUAGCUUCUAGCUUGCUUUUUUCGGGGAACUGAUUUUUUUGGCUGGCCAUUCUCACCUUCUUAAAUCCGAGUAACAACAUUCAUGGCCUCCUCCUAAAGUGGAGUGAUCAAGAGAUUUCAGGAAAUCUCUCUCUCUCUCUCAUUUCCGUCAUAAUAGUCACCAUAAUCACUUGAGCUCUGAAGAAUGAAGGGAAGAUUUUGUUGUUUUAUUAUUAUAGCUCUGCAGAUAGUGUGUUGGACUUCGGCGACAAGUAGGCCUUUUCCACAGAAUGCUAGUGUUGGUGCUCAUAAACAAGGGCCAGACCAGAGCUCAGAGUCUUUAACCGUUACCUUGGGCACAGGAGAGGGUUUCAAAAGCGCGAAUGCAAAGAUGAAUGAAGAAGCAAAAUACAUAGGGGUAAACAACAUAGGGUCGAGGCCACCAAGCUGUGAGCACAAGUGUUAUGGGUGCGUUCCAUGUGAAGCCAUUCAAGUACCCACCACAAGCAGACACAGGAAUAUGGGCAUCCAGUAUGCAAACUAUGAGCCAGAAGGUUGGAAAUGCAAAUGCGGUCCUUCCUUCUACAGCCCAUGAAGGCCGACCUGAAGAAUAUCAUUCGAUAUUCCAACAUAUAUCUUUGCUCUCACUCUCAGAGUCAUUUUUCUCUAUGACCUUAACAUUGUUAACAUUUCCUGUCAUUGUACAAAAGUUGUUCUUUAAUUAGCUCGAAAGAAUCUCCGUUUGGGAGGCAUGGGCCGGAAUUUGAGUUUUUGACAUAGAAAAUGUGUUUUGCUGAAGUAUCGAUCGAGGAAUGAGAAUUUUCUAGUGUUACAUUGA